GCCACACUGGUCACAGGGCUGGCCGCGAUGGCAGCGGGCAGCUGGGCUUAGAGGGCUCUGAGAUGGCCAGCACCAUGUUCAGUCGGUCGGGAUACCAAGCCCUUCCCUUGGGAGACUUUGACCGCUUCCAGCAGUCCAGCAUUGGGCUGUCCGGUGCUCAGAAGGGCUUCUUCUCCUUCGGAUCCAAACCAGAUCCCCUGGGGCCACCCGGGAAUACUUCAGGCUCCUCCCAGGGUUGGCUGUCCUGGAUCUGCCAUGGGAUCAUCACCUCCUUGGUCUUUUUGCUGAUGGUUGUCACCUUCCCCAUUUCAGGAUGGUUUGCCUUGAAGAUCGUGCCCACCUACGAGCGGCUGAUCAUCUUCCGCCUUGGCCGCAUCCGGGCGCCGCAGGGCCCUGGCGUUGUCCUGCUGCUGCCCUUCAUCGAUCACUGCCAGCGGGUGGACCUGAGGACCAGGGCCUUCAAUGUGCCCCCUUGCAAGCUGACCUCCAAGGAUGGGGCGGUCUUCUCCAUGGGUGCUGAUGUCCAGUUUCGGGUGUGGGACCCCGUGCUGUCUGUCAUGAUGGUGAAGGACCUCAUCGCGGCCACACGGAUGACAGCACAGAAUGCUAUGACCAAGACCUUGAUGAAGAAGAGCCUCCGUGAGAUCCAGGCGGAGAAGCUGAGGAUUGGGGAGCAGCUGCUGCUGGAGAUUAAUGACAUGACCAAGUCCUGGGGCUUGGAGGUGGACCGGGUGGAGCUGAGCAUGGAGGCUGUGCUGCAGCCACCCCAGGAGAACCCACUGGGCUCUUUGGCCACCGUGCCACCUGUGCCUGGGCUAGAGGGGCUGGAUGGCACCAUUCAGCAGCUGGCUGCCCAUUUCUUCAGCAACACCCUGGCUCUGGCGGGCAGCAGGACCAGUGCUCCGGAGGCAGCAGACAGCGUGGAGACGGUGAACGAAGUGGAGCCUCCCACUGCUGCCCUCCCCAUUGGCAGCACCCGGAGGAAGCCCAGCACGGAUGAGCUGCUCUCAGCAGUGGAGCCCGUCCUCUGUGAGGCCCUGGUCAGCCAGGUGGGAGCAUCCUAUCAGGUGGACAUCCUCUUGCCCAGCGGCGCCCGGAGCACCUACUUCAUAGACCUCUCCUCAGGCAGUGGGCGGGCUGGCCGUGGAGUACCCGAGAGCAGCCCCGACGUCAUCCUGGAGGUGACAGAGAAAGACCUGCAGGACCUCUUGGUGGGUGACCUGCGUCCCUUGAGUGCCUACAUGAGCGGGAGGCUGCAGGUGAAGGGUGACCUGCACCUUGCCCUGAAGCUGGAGGAGCUCCUCAAGGCCAUGAAGCAACGUAGAUAGAGCAUGCAUGUGGGUGUGUCUCUGUGUGCAUGUGUCUCUGUAGGCGUGUGAAAAGCUGGGGACAUAUAGGGGUGCUGCCUGGUGGGGGUUUUGCCCUGUUGGAGCCCCUGCUGCUCUCCCCAUGAAGGCUGCAGGAACUGAGUGAAGACCUGAGCAGGGAAACUGAGGCUGAGCUCCAUUGCUUGACCUUGUCCUUGGCUUUAGCGCUCAUCCUUUGUCUACAAGGUUACAGUGUGGGAACCAGUUGGCACCCCAGUAUGUACCAGUUUGCUUUCAGGUCCCUCGGCCAGUAUGCCAGCAGGUUACAGACAGUGUCCUGCUAUCCCCAUGAUGGGCUGCAUGGCCAAUCACUUUAGACUGGAUGGGGCAUGAGCUGAGCAGAUGGGACUGGGAAGAGCCUGGGGACAUUGCGGCCAAAGGUAGGAGUCAUGGGGUGGGGUGGGCAUCUGAAACAGGGUACAAUGGCUGGCUGGACCAGGCUGGGUUGCCACCAGCGGGCUGGAGUUGGUGUCCAGUAUGCGACUGCUAAUGGGAUACGGGGAUUUAUGGGGAAGAAGCAGAGGUGACAAUUCGGGAAUGACCUGCCUGGAGGUACCUGAGCUGACAUAGUGGUUUGUCAUAAAUGAUUGUGCUAAUUUGUGCUUCAAAGCGCUUUUUUGCAUGCGUGCUUUGAGGUCUGUCUGCAGAAGCGUGUGGACUGUAUAUAGGCAUAUAUAGAUAUUUAUUUAUUUUGUAAGCUUCCUUUCUAUCAACUCUCGAUGGACAAUAAACCUGGUCUGCAGCCUCAUG